AUUGGCAAAAACAUAGCAAGUGCAUAUGCCAAGUUGGAAAAAUUGACAAUGCUGGCUAAAAAGAAGAGUCUUUUUGAUGAUCGACCGCAAUAGAUUCAAGAAUUGACUUACAUCAUGGUGUAUGCGUUACAAUCUAAAUUAGCCAGCAUGGGCACCGACUUCAAACAGAUACUAGAAGUGCGUAUAAAAAAUCUCAAACAACAAAAAGCACGUCGGUAUCAAAUCGGGCAGUCACCAAUUGCUGCUAGCACUGUUCGCUCGAGUACAGCGAAACAGGGCUCCUUGCUGUUAAGCGAAGAGAAUACGGCCGUAAGCAUUGACAUGGCCGCAAGUGAUACAACACCAUUGCUGGGUGCAGUCGGAGGUAGUGGAAUACAGACGCAGCAGCAGAUUGCAUUAUAUGAUGACUUCGAUAGUUACGUGCAACAGCGGGCUGAGACUAUGCAGAACAUUGAAUCGACUCAAGAAUGA